CGUUCACCAUGGCACCAGCAAACACUGGAGCAAAGAAGCAAAAGAAGAAGUGGUCCAAGGGCAAGGUCAAGGACAAGGCCCAGCACGCUGUCAUCCUUGACAAGGCCACUUCCGACAGACUCUACAAGGAUGUCCAAUCAUACCGUCUCGUCACCGUUGCCACCCUCGUCGACAGACUAAAGAUCAACGGUUCUCUCGCGCGAAGAUGUCUGGCAGAUUUGGAGGAGAAGGGACAGAUCAAGAAGGUUGUUGGCCACAGCAAGUUGAACAUCUACACCCGUGCUGUUGCUGCUGCGGAAUGAGAAGAUCGUUCGGUACCUGUUUCUACGAUAUC